AGACACCGAUGCAGGCCAAUCGGGAGCCUCAAAAUGGAGCUGUCCCGCCUCCGGCCGAAGCGACCAAUGGGAAGCGCGGGCGGUGUGUUUGAAAGCGAGGCCAAAGAGGGUGGGAGCGCGUGCUGCUCGGAGUUGUCUGGAGGCCGGCGGCGCGGGGCUGAGGGCCCUCGGGCGGAGCAGUCAUGUCGCACAAGCAAAUUUACUAUUCGGACAAAUACGACGACGAGGAGUUCGAGUACCGGCAUGUCAUGUUGCCCAAGGACAUAGCCAAGCUGGUCCCUAAAACCCAUUUGAUGUCUGAAUCUGAAUGGAGAAAUCUUGGCGUUCAGCAGAGUCAGGGAUGGGUCCAUUAUAUGAUCCAUGAACCAGAACCUCACAUCUUACUCUUCCGGCGGCCACUACCCAAGAAGCCAAAGAAAUGAAGCUGCUGAACCAACUUUCAGCCCAAGCUCUUCCCAGCUGUCCUUCCCUCCUACCGUCUUUCUGAUAGCAUGGUUAUGUUGCUGUCUUAUUUCUCACUUUGGCGUUUAAAGGAUGUUCGUUCAAUACACUUUUUGAAUGUGCUGGUACCUCCUUUGCUUCUUGACCUGAGCCACCAAUGCCACAACCCGUCAGAUGAGUGUGACCUCAGAGACCUAGUGUGCGCUGUAUCCAGCAGGCCGUACUUGCCAUCUCUCAGAAGCGUGUGAAAAAUCAGAUCAUGGCUGUUAACAGGGAUGGUGUGAAUUUGCUGUUGUGCUUUUUACUAUUGGGUAUUGUAUUUAUGGUGACUUAGGGAUUUACGUUUCAAUGUAUUGGGAACUUUCCAUUUUAUCUGACAAAUCUCUUCCGUGUUACAAGCCUUGAUUAAAGGAAGUUUUUUAUCAUCUAAAGCUGUGGUUACAAGGUUGUCCUAUCCCUAUGUCAUUGUGUACUUCCCACCCCCCAUUGCCUCUGAGCCACCCACCGUCCUGCAACCAAGGUGAUAUUCUGGGACCGUUCUGAUUCUGAAAGGUGGAUGGUGGAUUCUGGCUCCUUGCAGUAACGAGGCUCAGUUGGAUAUUGCAAUAACUAUAGUCUAGUUUAAUUGAACUUACUGUAAAAACAUCUGUUGGGACUGGAGAGAUGGCUCAGCAAUUAAGAGCACUGGCUGCUCUCUCUUCAGAGGACCCAGGUUCAAUUCCCAGUACCCACAUGGUGGCUCACAGCUGUCUAUAACCCCAGUUCCAAGGAAUCUGACACUCAGACUAUGUGCGGCAAAACCCCCCAAUGUACAUUAAAUAAAUAAAUCUUUUUUAAAAAA